GGGGCGGGGCGUCGGGCCAGCUGAGCUAUCCGCUCUGACCGCGCCAGUUUGAAUGAAAGCUCCUCAAGAUGGCGGCGGCGGGGGCCGAGGCGCGAGGAGGUGAGGACUGGAGAGCCGCGAGCCUCAGUGCGCCUCCCGGCAAACUCCCGAGGCCCGGGAAGCGGGGCUGGGACUCUCGGGUCGGCCAGAGCGCGACGCGGCGACACGCCGCCUCCCGCCUUGCUGACACCCUGGCCCCAAAAUACGCGCCGCGGGCUUCACCCUUCCUCCGGCCUCUGACCCUCCUCGCGACUCGGCCCGCGAGCACCCCGCAGCCAGCCGCGCCAGGCUCUCGCGGGGCCCGGCCCGUGAGCCCGACGGCGCUGGCAUCCACUCCUUUUCCCCGCGUCGAGGUCCUGCGGGUUCCGUGGCCCGACCCCCGCUGCCCGUCGGACCCGAGGCCCCACCCCGCCUGGUCGCCGAGUGGAGAUAUUCGGGCGGCAGCCGCAGCUCCGGCUUGGUGUGUGCCUUGCCUAGUUUCACUUGAUACUCUUCAGGAAUUAUGUAGAAAAGAAAAACUCACAUGUAAGUCGAUUGGAAUCACCAAAAGGAAUCUAAACAAUUAUGAGGUGGAAUACUUGUGUGACUACAAGGUAGUAAAGGAUAUGGAAUAUUAUCUUGUAAAAUGGAAAGGAUGGCCAGAUUCUACAAAUACUUGGGAACCUUUGCAAAAUCUCAAGUGCCCAUUACUCCUUCAGCAGUUCUCUAAAGACAAGCAUAAUUAUUUAUCUCAGGUAAAGAAAGGCAAAGCAAUAACACUAAAAGACAAUAACAAGGCUUUGAGGCCUGCCAUUGCUGAAUACAUUGUAAAGAAGGCUAAACAAAGGAUAGCUCUGCAGAGAUGGCAAGAUGAACUCAACAGAAGAAAGAAUCAUAAAGGAAUGAUUUUUGUUGAGAAUACUGUGGACUUGGAGGGCCCACCUUCAGACUUCUUCUACAUAAAUGAAUAUAAACCAGCUCCUGGAAUCAGCUUAGUAAACGAAGCUACUUUUGGCUGUUCAUGCACAGAUUGCUUCUUUGAGAAAUGUUGUCCUGCAGAAGCUGGAGUUCUUUUGGCUUAUAAUAAAAAUCAACAAAUUAAAAUCCCACCUGGUACCCCCAUUUAUGAAUGCAACUCAAGGUGUCAGUGUGGGCCAGAUUGUCCCAAUAGGAUUGUACAAAAAGGCACACCAUAUUCACUUUGCAUCUUUCGAACUAGCAAUGGCUGUGGCUGGGGUGUAAAAACUCUUGUGAAGAUUAAAAGAAUGAGUUUUGUUAUGGAAUACGUUGGAGAGGUGAUCACAAGUGAAGAAGCUGAAAGACGGGGGCAGUUAUAUGACAACAAAGGAAUCACGUAUCUCUUUGAUCUGGACUAUGAAUCUGAUGAAUUCACAGUAGAUGCAGCUCGCUAUGGAAAUGUGUCUCAUUUUGUGAAUCACAGUUGUGACCCAAAUCUUCAAGUGUUCAAUGUUUUCAUUGAUAACCUCGAUACUCGUCUUCCCCGAAUAGCAUUAUUUUCCACAAGAACCAUAAGUGCUGGAGAAGAACUCACUUUUGAUUAUCAAAUGAAAGGUUCUGGGGAUAUAUCUUCAGAUUCUAUUGACUACAGCCCAGCCAAAAAGAGGGUCAGAACUGUGUGCAAGUGUGGAGCUGUGACUUGCAGAGUAAAACUUCAAUCAGGAAAACUUUUCAUCUCUUUCUCAUUAUGGGAUUUCUAUUCAUGAUGUCCGACAUAAAGGUAAAUGCAAAUUAUCUAGCUUUUUGUAUUCCUAAUUAAGUCCUGCCUAAGCUCAUUGCCUUAGGUUUAAUGACCUAAAAUAUAAGCAUAGGUAAAAUUGAAAUGACUUCAGGAAUGCAGCACUUGCAAAUAUCCUCUUAAUCUUUAACCUCCUUUUUUUUUUUUUGAGAAGCUACAAUAUAUUCACCUAUACCACCAUCACAUGACUUUGCUUUUUGAUAUAGUGUAGGGUUGUUUACAUAAUAGAGCCUCAAAGAGUUUAUCUGCUCACCAGAAACUGCAAGUUUUAAGUGAAAGUGCAUUUUUUUUUACUGUCAUGUUUUCUUUAUGAAAAAUUAGUGGUGAGAAAGGGUCACAAAUUUAUAGGUUGCUCCCAAAAGCCAAGUUUACUUUGAAUGAUGGUUCUCAUGAGUUUAAAGAUAUAAAUUUAGUAUUUUUAAGUGUUUUACAAUCUUAUGUCUACUUUAUGUGUUUUUUAAAAAAGUGUAAAACUUAAGGGCAAAGGGAAAAUUACUUUUUAGUAAACUUGUUUUGUCCUUUUAUUAGAAAUUUAAUGGACCUUUGAACUUUUAAAUGCCUUUGUUGCCCUUAUGUUAGUAAAAUAGAAACUUGAAAUGAAGCUAUUAGGCACAUUAACUAUUUUAAAUCAGCAUUUAGCUUCUUCUAGUUUCUUAAGUUGUUAGAAUUUAUUGUCUCGCUAUAAAACAAAUAUAUUCAACGACAGUAUUUUAAUCAAACUUAGACUGUAAAUUGAUCCAUGUUUAAGUUGUAUUUCUUUUCAUAUCUACAUAGGAUGUGAUACCAUAAGUGGUAAUCUCAGGUUUUUUCCUCCCAUUUGCAAAUUCCAGGCAGCACUUACUUUUCCUACACUUCAACAGUUUUCUUUAGCAAAACUUAGUUAACAUUUGCUUUGCUAUUACCUAGCUUUUGUUUCUGAAUAUUUUACUAUCAUUUCCAGUAAAGCUACAAAUGAGGUAGGAAAAUACUGAUAGAUUCCUGCCAAUCUGCUAUUAAGAUUAACCAAAGGUUUAUAUAAUGUUACCUGCUUUUAAGAAAUUCUAAAAAAGUUUAUCAUUGUCAUGCUUCAUGUACUUGAAUAUUAAAGUAGAAUUUUACACUUUAGAGGUAUUCAUCCACACUAUCUACUUAAUGUUUUUUUGAGUGAGGUACGUGUUACUAUUACCAUGUACUUAAACAUUCUAAGUACUGUCUUUAAGUGCAAAGGAAUUUUUAAGGUAGAACUAAUAUUCAUUCAGCAAGUCUUAAGUCUUUCAUAUGUAUUCAAUGCUUCUCAUAAAUCUGUGAGAUUGGGGCUGUUGCCCAUUAGUACACAGAAAUAGUUUUACACUGGAUACGUAACUCUGACAUGCCCAGGAUCACUCAGCUAGUAGGCAGUAAACAAUCUAAUUUUUAACAUUAAGCCAACUCCAGACUUUAAAAAUCAGUACCAGCUAUUAAACUUCUAAGUUGUGCGCUACCUCGGUAAGGUACAUGACAAACGACUGGGUUUCUUGCGGUACAUCUUGGUGUUCUGAAACUUCUUCCCCCCUUAACUCCAUUUACACUUUACAGUCCUUUAAGUGAAACUCAAGUAGACAAUACAGUUAAUCCUGCAUUUUGAAAGGCAUAGAUUAGAGCAUAGAGUUAAGAGACUACAGUGAGUUACCUGUGUCUGAGUCCUGCCUUAGCACCUGGUAACUAUGUGGGCUAAUAACGUCAUGCUUUAACCAUCUCAUCUGUGCACGAGGAUAAUAAAUGUUGCCUACCUCAAAUCAAGGGUGAUUUCAGUAAAAUGUGACAAAGCAUCAUAUAGAAACAUUAGUAAUUAUUCUGUACUAUAAAUUUUUAAAUCUAGUAAAUUCAUUUAACCAGAAUUUUAUUAUGACAGAUUCACAUAAAACAAUAAAAAUGUGGCAAUAUCUAAUAUUAAAUUGACAGUAUGAUUAUAGAAUGCCAAGAAUAUACUGAGAAGAAUGUUUAUAGACACUUGCAUGAACAUCCACCUUGUAUCAUAACUGCCCAGUUUUCUCCCCAGUGCAAAUUGAAAAGGGCUAACCUUUUUUAUAACAUCUGGGAAUGGAACAUUCUCAAAAAAAAAAAAAAA